AUGAUGGCUCCUCACACCUCUCCUCUUCUCUCACUCCUGUUUUUUCUGCUCCUGCCUCGUCCUUUUCAGCUCUACUCUCUGCACAACUGUAGCCUGGACCCCGAAAACCUGAGGAGCGUCAACUGUGAUAACCAAUAUUUAACCACGAUACCAACAGACGUCCCCAGAUCAGCUCAGUUCCUCUCUGCAAAGAACAACAACUUAAGAAAACCGCUCAGUGAACUCCAACAACUGGACUUGUCCACAAACCACCUUAAAGUGUUGGACUUUCUCUCAGGAACAAAUCUAUCAAAACUAGAACGACUGAUCUUAGCUAAAAACGAGCUAAAGAUCAUAGACGAGUCCGUUUUCAAGAGGCUUCCGUCACUGAAAUAUCUGGACUUAUCGGACAAUCCGUUUGUGUGUGACUGCUCCAACGCUGACUUCAUUUCCUGGGUGGUGAAUAACACACAGGUCUUUGUGGCCGAUGCUUUUCAGUACAAAUGCUCGUAUCCACUGUCUCAGAAAGACCAGCUGUUGCUCAGCUUCAAUGUCCAGUCGUGUUGGGAGUCUGUGAGCUUCAACUGCUUCAUCACCAGCUCCUCUCUGGUGCUGGUCACUCUGCUCUCAUCGUUCAUCUACCACUUUCUCAGAUGGCAGCUGGUCUAUAGCUACUACCUCUUCAGAGCCUUUCUGUACGACGGGAGGAAGAGGAGACAGGGCUGUGCUCACGUUUACGAUGCUUUUGUUUCGUACAACGUUCACAACGAGGAGUGGGUUUACCACCGAUUGGUGCCAGAGCUGGAGGAGCAACAGGGAUGGAAGUUAUGUCUGCACCAUCGCGAUUUCGAACUAGGGAAAGCCAUCCUGGAGAACAUCACAGACGCCAUCUACAGCAGCAGGAAGACUCUGUGUGUGAUCAGCCGCCGUUACCUGCAGAGCGAGUGGUGCUCACAGGAGAUCCUGGUUCAGUCCUGCUUCAGUCCUGGUUCUGUCUUGUUCUGUGUCCUCUGUAGCUUCCGUCUGUUCGAUGAACGGAAGGACGUCUUGAUCCUGUUGUUUCUGGAGGAGAUCUCGUCUGCUGAGCUCAGUCCGUUCUACCGCAUGAGGAAGCUGGUGAAGAGCCGCACGUACCUGAGCUGGACCCAGACCCGGAGGCACAGGGGCCUGUUCUGGGAGAGGGUCCGACAGGCCCUGGAGUCUGAGAACGAUCCCACAGAGACCAACGGCCUGCUAAUUGCUAACUUUUAG